AUGGCAAACGCCAUGGGACUGCUGUUAGGUCCGGUGUCGAGUGCCUUGAGUUCUCGGUUCUCCUGCCGGACGAUGGUGGUCGUCGGCGGCGUUUUGACGGCGGCCGGCUGGGCACUGACUGGUCUUAUGCCGAGACUGGAAUAUAUGUUUCUUACAUACGGCUUACUAGCUGGUAUCGGUAAGUCGUUGGCGUACACGCCGUCCAUCGUUAUCCUUGGGCAGUGGUUCCGCAGGCGGCAUUCCCUCGCCACGGGUAUCGCGGUCGCCGGCGCCGGUAUUGGCACCUUCGCGUUUGCACCGGUCCUUGAGAUGCUCUUCAAACAUGUUGAGUUUAAAUACACAAUGUUUAUAAUGGCGGGUGUAAUGGUGAAUAUCAGUAUUUGUGGGUUGUUCUUCAGAGAUGUGCCUAAUGACAAGAGUGCGUUCACAAUUGAUGAGGAUAAGGAAAGGGCAAAUGAUAUAUAUUUCAUUGAAACUGUUACAAAUGAACAGAGUAGAACUGAGAGUGAUUAUUGUGAUGAACAAGACAUGCAGACAAAGAACGCAAAUGAACAAAGUCGAAAUGAGAGUGAUAGUUGUGAUGAACAAGACAAGCAGAGAAAGAUCACAAAUGAACAAUGUCAAAACGAGAGUGAUUAUUGUGAUGAACAAGACAUGCAGGGGAAAACCAGAAAUGAACAAUGUCGAAAUGAGAGUGACUAUUGUGAUGAACAAGAAAAGCAGAGAAAGAUCACAGAUGAACAAGGUCGAAAUGAGAGUGACUUUUGUGAUGAACAAGACAAGCAGAGAAAGAUCACAAAUGAACAAUGUCGAAAUGAGAGUGACUUUUGUGAUGAAGAAGACAUGCAGGGAAAGAACGCAAAUGACACCCGCUACGAACAAACCUCUGGAAAGUCAACAUUCGUACAGAAGGGGUUCCGCGAAUAUUUGGACUACACCCUGUUGAAGAGACCACUGUUUCUUUGCUUCGGCGUAUCCGUCAUGUUGGCGACAUGCGGCCAUUCCCCCGCCACCGUAAUGCUCCCGCCUCUAGCCAUAGAGCAUCAUGUGACUCCACAAAGGGCCGCAUUUCUUCUCUCAAUUACCGGAAUAGCCGACAUUGUAGGGCGGCUCGCUUUUGGUUUCCUCUGUGAUAUCGAUAUACUGCGAAAUAAUAGGAAAUAUCUUUACAUGGCAUCUAUAUUCAUCAGCGGUAUUGCAAAUAUAACUUGCGGGUUUUCCACCCAGUACUGGCAAUUCGCAACCUACUCUGUGAUAUUUGGGCUCUUCGCGGGUUCCUACAACGCCCUCACUCCCGUGAUUCUGGUAGACCUGCUGGGGAGUGGCAAAUUAGCCAGUUCAUUCGGCCUAGCCCUCCUUUUCCAGGGGACGGGUUUUCUGCUCGGACCGCCAAUGGCAGGUUUGUGUAACAACGCGUUAGGAAACUAUCAAUCAGCAUUUCAUUUUGCGGGCAUUUCCAUGCUUGCAAGUUCAUUUGUGAUGGGAUUUUCUACAUGCUUUGACUGUAAAAGAAUGAAGAAACAUACAAAAGAUGUGGAAAUAUUUUCCGAACCUUCUGGCAAUGUUCAACUUGUCGGAGUAUUCAAUGUUGGUUUUACAGCAGUUGUUGAUGAGAACAGUUCAAAGGUCAACCAGUAAUUCCAAAGUUCUUAUAAACUGUAUAACUAUAUUUUGUUCACAUGCAUUUUAAUCGCAGUUAAGGAGGAUGUAAGUAAAAUCGAAACCUGUUUAGUAGAACAAGAAAUGAAAUUAACUAUAGGUCGUGAUUUAUACGAUUGUAUGCACUUUAGGUUACUAGUGUAUUGUUGGAAUGUUUUAAUGAUCAUCAUUCAACACAAAUUGAAAUUGAACAUAAGAACCAAUAUGAAUUUUAAAAAUACUG